AUGGCACAAACAGACAAAUCUACUGUUGAGUUGGCCGAGGAUGUCGAAAUCCAGAAGCACGCCACAGACCAAGUUUUGGUUGACAGUGAGGGAUGCGUGCAGCAACUUCCUAUUCCUAGCACUGAUCCCAAUGAUCCGUUGAAUUUUACGUUUUGGGAGAAGCUCGGAGUGAUCGUGAGCUGCUGCUGGUUUUCAUCGAUGUCGCUUUCUGUGGUCGGUGGAUUGGGUGCCAUUCUGGAUGUUUUUAUCCAAAUGUAUACGGCAGAUGGGAGGAGUGUGAAUGAGGUGGUCUGGUUGUCUACCUUUCCAUCGCUAUUUGUGGGAAUUGGAAACUUCCUGAUUCUCCCUCUCGCAUUGGUUUACGGUCGCCGAUUCGCAACUCUCCUGUCCACUAUCAUUCUCCUCACUGCGACAAUCGGAUGUGCCGUGUCAAAUACCUGGGAACAACAUCUUGCGUUAAGAAUUAUUCAAGGUCUGGCAGCCGGUGCUACGGAGUCGGUUCUACCCCUUAUACUCGCGGAGGUUACCUUCGUGCAUCAACACGGUAUGGUAUAUGGAAUGUACUGGGCUGCUCAGAAUGCCAUUACGGGUGUUUUGAAUCUUGCCAGUUCGUAUGAAGUUGCAGCUCUCGGGUGGCGAUGGUAUUACUGGGUUUUUACUAUCGCGAUCGGGAUAGGACUCGCCAUUGUGGUCUUUGCCGGCUUUGAGACUUCCUUCCAUCGAGGUUCACAGUUCAUGAAUGGCAGAUUAGUUCUGACCGACCAGUUCGGAGUGACUCGCAUACUCUCUGCACACGAAACCCAAGAGUACAUAUCCCAAGGCACCGAGGAAGCCAGUUCCAGCCAGAGCAGUCACAAGAAAUCAUAUGUCGAGAUGCUCAAGCCUUGGACCCCCCCUUUUCAAGGCCAAACCCUCCUCAAAACUACACCCCGAACAUGGCUCCACAUCUGCGAAGCUUUCACGUCACCCGGAAUUCUCUAUGCCACACUGCUAUCUUCCGUCGUCCUCGGUGCCUCAGUAGGCAUGUCUCUUUCCUACAACACCGUCCUCCUAUACAGCUAUCACUGGGCACCGGCCAACAUUGGCCUCAUAAACCUGGGUGGCGUCUUCGGCGGACUCGGCGGCAUGCUUUACGGUGGUAUCUUCGGCGACAAGUUCGUCCUGUACAUGGCAAAACGCGCAGGUGGUAUCCAUUCCCCCGAGCAUCGACUUCCGCUUCUCAUCUUCCCUGGGAUCCUAUGUAUUGUAACCCUGCUACUGUACGGCUUCACUGCCGAAGGUGGCACCAAUCUCACGUGGGGAGGCCCAUACAUGGCAUGGACAUUGUACCAGAUAGCAUUCGUGUCGGUGUUGAUUCUCUCGACGUCGUUUGCGGCAGAGGCGUGGGAGAGGAACCCGGGUCCUGCGCUGGUAGCUGUGGUGGGGACUAAGAACAUCGUGGCGUUUGCCUUGAGUUAUGGCAUUAACCCGAUGGUCGAGAAGUAUUCAUAUUCUGUGGCAUAUGGGAUUCUUGCUGCUGUUGUGGGCGGGGUUUUUGUGCUAGGGGCGCCGGUUUAUGUCUGGAAUCCGAAGUGGCGACGCUAUAUGGAAAGGAAAGGUUGA